AUGGUGGAGGCAAGGAAUGUGGAGCAUAUUGUUGUAGUCGGAACCGGCCUUAUGGGUACGGGAAUUGUGCAGGUAAAUUGUCAUCGCUACCGUAACCCACAUUAUUUUUUGAGAUUUUGAAUAUUAUUAAUAGUUUUUUGAUACUCUAAUUUUUUUCGAAUGUUAUACAGUAUUGAACAAUAAGUAAAUCGUUUCUAAGAACUAUAGCUGACUACUGUAUUCAUAAACUAUUUUACAGUAGCUACUGCAGUAGUCAAUCUUAUUUUAAAACUUUUUAAAUGAAUAUUUAUUUUGAUGCUUGGUCUUACCUCUCGGUCAAGUUCCAUUUUGCAGGUAGCUGUAGAAGCCGGCAUUCAUGUGAAUUUGGUCGGCCGAUCGGUCGAAAAGUGUGAAGCCGCCAGAGGCAGAAUCCAAGGCGGCCUGAAUCGAAUCUCCAAACGCAGAUACCCAAACGAACCUCAAGCACAACAGCAGUUUGUUCAGGCAGCGAUGAAGAACUUGGAAAUGGUACAAAGCUUGAACGAUGUCGACCUGAAACGAGUCGAUAUUGUUAUUGAAGCCAUCGUGGAGGACUUGAAACUGAAGCAGGAACUGUUUCACAAAAUGGAGAAGGAGACUAACGAGUAAGUGUUACAUUUGUCGUUUUGAGUGAUUUAAAGUGUUAAUAUUGAUAAAAAUUUAACAAUUUUUUGUAAAAGCUAUUAAUGUUUUAGUAGAAGCAUUGUAAUAUGAUAGUGUGUGCUGUCACAUCUCUUUACAAUCAAAAUUUUUUUUUAUUUUUUAAAGUUAUUUUGAAGCAAAAGUUAGUUAUUCGAACUGAACUUUAAACAAAAAACAGCUAGUAUCGUUAUCACUACAGUAAUUCGUUAAUAAUCGUCUUUUCGAUGACAUAAGCGGCUAUGACUGAACGUUUUGAUGUUUGAGUAAUACUUAACUAGACAAAUAUUAAAGUUGUAGUUUUUAGAAAAUGAUAACAAAAUUAAAAAAUUUUAAUUCUCCCCCUCCCCCCCCUUCCUAUCACCUUUUUUUCAAGAAAAAUAUUACCGUAUUCCUUUCAGAGAAUGUAUCCUGGUCACAAACACUUCCAGCUUCUUGUUGGCCGAUGUCAUGAACAAGAUGAACACGAAGCGUGAGCGUGUCGCCGGUCUCCACUUCUUCAACCCGGUACCAGUAAUGAAGCUGGUGGAGGUGGUGUGUGGAGUCGAGACUUCUGUAGACACUUUCGAGACGUUGUGUGGCUUCUGCAAGCAAUUGGGCAAGACGCCGGUCAAGUCAAAGGUUCGUUCCCUCAGGGCUUUCAUUCUGAUUGGGCUUCUAAUUUGGGGCCAAAACAGCGUGGGCGUGGGUUUUUGAUGACUUAAGAGGGCAUGCUGGAGUUACUACAGGCUUUUAAUACACUAUGGGUGUACUGUAUACCAAAAGGUUAAAAAAAAACUUAAAUUUUUUUAUUUUCAAUUGUCAAUUUUAAAUUUUUGAAUUUCCAGGAUCGUCACGGCUUCAUCGUGAACCGUCUGUACAUGCCCUUCUUGGCCGAGGCCAUCAGAAUGACAGAGCGAGGCGACGCAUCCCCCAAAGACAUUGACACAGCAAUGAAACUGGGAGCCGGCCUUCCAAUGGGACCCUUUGAAGUGGCCGACAUUAUCGGUUUGGACACCUUGAAGUACAUUAUUGGCAGCUGGCAUCAGGCCUAUCCAGAAGACCCCAAAUACUACCCAUCCCCAUUGCUGGAUCAUAUGGUAGAUAUUGGCAAGUUGGGGAGGAAAACGGGCGAGGGAUUCCACACUUAUGCUCCACGGUAA